AUGGCUGCUCCCGCUGAGAACUACAAGGUCGCCGACAUUGGCCUCGCUGCCUUCGGUCGCAAGGAGCUCGACAUUGCCGAGCAGGAGAUGCCCGGUCUCAUGGCUCUCCGUGAGCAGUACGGUGCUUCCAAGCCCUUGUCUGGUGCCCGUAUCGCCGGAUGUCUCCACAUGACCAUCCAGACCGGUGUCCUCAUCGAGACCCUCACCGCCCUCGGUGCCGAGGUUACCUGGUCUUCCUGCAACAUCUUCUCCACCCAGGACCACGCCGCUGCUGCUAUCGCCGCUGCCGGUAUCCCCGUCUUUGCCUGGAAGGGUGAGACUGAGGAGGAGUACAUCUGGUGUAUCGAGCAGCAGCUCAAGUCCUUCAAGGAUGGUCAGUCCUUGAACAUGAUCCUCGACGACGGAGGUGACCUCACUGCCCUCGUUCACGAGAAGUACCCCGAGAUGCUCAACGACUGCCGUGGUAUCUCUGAGGAGACUACCACCGGUGUCCACCACCUUUACAAGAUGAUGAAGGAGGGUCACCUCCGUGUUCCUGCCAUCAACGUCAACGACUCCGUUACCAAGUCCAAGUUCGACAACUUGUACGGAUGCCGUGAGUCCCUCAUCGAUGGUAUUAAGCGUGCUACCGAUGUCAUGAUCGCCGGUAAGGUCGCCGUUGUCGCUGGCUACGGUGAUGUCGGUAAGGGAUGUUCCGCCGCUCUCCGCGGUAUGGGCGCCCGCGUCCUCGUCACCGAGGUCGACCCCAUCAACGCCCUCCAAGCCGCCUGUGAGGGUUUCGAAGUCACCUCCAUGGAGGAAGCCUGCUCCCUCGGAAACAUUUUCGUCACUACCACUGGAUGCCGUGACAUCAUUACCGGCGAGCACUUUGCCAACAUGAAGGAUGACGCAAUCGUCUGUAACAUCGGACACUUUGACAUCGAGAUUGAUGUUGCGUGGUUGAAGGCUAACGCUUCAUCUGUUUCCAACAUUAAGCCCCAGGUCGACCGUUACCUCAUGCCCUCCGGCCGCCACAUCAUCCUCCUUGCCGAGGGUCGUUUGGUCAACCUCGGCUGUGCCACUGGCCACCCCUCCUUCGUCAUGUCCAUGUCCUUCACCAACCAGGUCUUGGCGCAGAUCGAGUUGUGGAUGAACCCGGGCAAGUACGAGAUCGGUGUUUUCAUGCUCCCGAAGAACUUGGAUGAGGAGGUCGCCAGACUUCAUCUGAAGAAGUUGGGGGUUAAGCUUUCGAAGCUUUCGGAUGUUCAGAGUAAGUACUUGGGGAUCCCUGCUGAGGGUCCUUUCAAGUCUGACCACUACCGUUACUAA